AUGCCGAAGAGUGCAGUGGUGGAUGAUAUGGAGGAUUUAAAUGAUGGGGACAGCAGCGAUGAUUCAAGAGAUGAAGAUUGGGGAAAGAAUGUGGAGAACAAGGCGAGUGAAGGGGAGGAUGUGGACCUGGUGGAGGAAGAAGAAGAUGGGAGUGAGGAGGAUGCAGUGGGAAAGUCAAGAAGGAAGCCGAGUGGGAAGGUGGAAUCCAAGAAGCGUAAGAUGAGCAGCAGCGAGAAGGUGGGAGGAACUUCAAAAAUGGGCAAGAGCAGCGGUGGAAAUGUGGUUUCUGGAGGGUUACAGCUUUCUUCAAUGGAGCCUAAGACCAAACCUGAGAGGGUUAAUGUAUUAAAUGGAACUAAUGAAAUUGCAAGCGAUGCCUUAGAAAGGUUCAACUCACGAGAAGCUGAAAAGUUCCAAUUUCUAAAGGAAGACAGGAGGGAUGCAAACAAAAGACAUCCAGGAGAUGCCAACUAUGAUCCAAGAACUUUGUAUUUGCCUCCUUACUUCUUGAAGAAUUUAUCAGACGGUCAGAGACAAUGGUGGGAGUUUAAGUCAAAGAACAUGGAUAAAGUUCUGUUUUUCAAGAUGGGGAAAUUUUAUGAACUUUUUGAAAUGGAUGCACAUGUAGGAGCUAAGGAACUUGAUUUGCAAUAUAUGAGGGGAGAACAACCUCACUGUGGCUUCCCUGAGAGGAACUUUUCACUGAAUGUGGAGAAGUUGGCUAGGAAGGGUUAUCGAGUUCUUGUUAUAGAGCAGACAGAAACUCCUGAACAGUUAGAGAGACGACGUAAGGAGAAAGGUUCUAAGGAUAAGGUAGUGAAACGUGAAAUAUGUGCUGUAGUCACUAAAGGAACACUAACUGAGGGUGAGAUGCUAUCUUUGAAUCCUGAUGCUUCAUACCUCAUGGCAGUUACUGAAAAAUUCCAUGGCUUGGAAAAUCAGCAAGAACGGAUUUUUGGGGUUUGUGUGGUUGAUGUGGCCACCAGUAGGAUUAUCCUCGGGCAGUUUGGAGAUGAUUCAGAGUGCAGUGCUUUGUGCUGUCUUUUGUCCGAGCUUAGGCCAGUUGAAAUUGUAAAACCUGCCAAACUGCUAAGUCUGGAAACGGAGAGGGCUCUACUCACUCAUACAAGAAAUCCUUUAGUGAAUGAGUUAGUUCCAUUACUGGAAUUCUGGGAUGCCGAGAAAAGUGUUCAAGAAGUCAAGAGAUUAUUUAAGGGCAUUGCUAAUCAAUUAGGAUCUUCAAGUGAAACAAGUUUACUCAAUGACAAAGCUCCAGGAGAAAAGGAUGAGUUGAGCUACUUGCCUGAUGUUUUAUCUGAACUAGUUAAUGCACGUGAAAAUGGUUCUUGGGCACUUUCAGCUCUUGGAGGAAUCCUUUUCUAUCUAAAGCAGGCCUUCCUGGAUGAGACAUUGCUUAGAUUUGCAAAGUUUGAAUUACUUCCUUGUCCUGGGUUCAGUGAUGUUAUUUCAAAACCCUACAUGGUUCUUGAUGCAGCUGCCUUGGAGAAUCUGGAGAUCUUUGAGAAUAGCAGAAAUGGGGACUCUACUGGGACGCUCUUUUCACAAUUGAACCACUGUGUGACUGCAUUUGGGAAAAGGUUACUUAAGACAUGGCUUGCAAGACCUUUAUAUCAUGUAGAAUCAAUUAAAGAAAGACAAGGUGCUGUAGCAAGCCUACGGGGAGAUAAUUUAUCUUUUUCUCUUGAGUUUCGAAAAGCACUAUCCAAACUCCCGGAUAUGGAGCGGUUACUUGCUCGUGUUUUUUCUAGUAGUGAAGCAAAUGGGAGGAAUGCGAAAAAUGUGGUCCUAUACGAGGAUGCAGCAAAAAAACAACUUCAAGAGUUUAUAUCUGCUUUGCGUGGUUGUGAGCUGAUGCUCCAAGCUUGUUCUUCACUUCGUGUCAUUUUGGAAAAUGUUGAAUCAAGACGACUUGAUUGCCUGUUAACACCUGGUGAAGGUCUGCCGGAUCUCCAUUCAGUUCUAAGUCAUUUCAAAGAUGCCUUUGAUUGGGUUGAAGCAAAUAAUUCGGGACGUAUAAUACCUCGUGAAGGUGUAGAUGUGGAGUAUGACUCUGCCUGUGAAAAAAUUAAGGAGAUACAAUAUAGCUUGACAAAGUAUUUAAAGGAACAGCGGAAAUUACUUGGGGACACAUCUAUCACUUAUGUGACAGUUGGAAAAGAGACACAUUUGUUGGAAGUGCCAGAAAGUUUGCAGGGUAAUAUUCCACAGAAUUAUGAGUUGAGAUCGUCUAAAAAGGGCUUCUUCCGGUAUUGGACUCCUAAUAUUAAGAAGUUGUUAGCUGAACUUGCUCUAGCAGAAUCUGAGAAGGAGUCCUCGCUGAAAAGCAUUUUGCAGAGGUUAAUUGGAAGAUUCUGUGAACAUCACCCCCAGUGGAGACAAUUGGUCUCUGCAAUUGCUGAACUCGAUGUUCUGAUCAGCCUAGCAAUUGCAAGCGAUUAUUAUGAAGGACAUGCAUGCCAACCCCUUUUCUCAAAGUCACAAUGUCAAAAUGAAGUGCCUUGUCUUUCUACAAAAGACUUAGGACAUCCUAUUCUUAGAAGCGAUUCUCUGGGUGAGGGUACAUUUGUCCCCAAUGACAUCACUAUUGGUGGCUCAGGAGCCAGCUUCAUUCUUCUGACUGGCCCUAACAUGGGUGGAAAGUCAACUCUUCUUCGGCAAGUUUGCUUGUCUGUGAUCCUGGCUCAGAUAGGUGCAGAUGUUCCUGCAGAAAGUUUUGAGUUAGCUCCAGUUGAUCGUAUUUUUGUUCGGAUGGGUGCUAGGGAUCAGAUAAUGUCUGGUCAAAGUACAUUUUUGACAGAACUAUCAGAAACUGCGCUGAUGCUGUCAUCAGCAACCCGUAAUUCAUUGGUGAUAUUGGAUGAACUUGGACGUGGGACGGCAACUUCAGAUGGACAGGCAAUUGCCGAAUCAGUUCUUGAACAUUUUGUUAGCAAGGUGCAGUGCAGGGGAGUAUUCUCAACUCAUUAUCACCGAUUGGCCUUGGCUUAUCAUAAAGAUCCUAGGGUUUCGUUGUACCAUAUGGCAUGCCGAGUUGGAGAGGGGGCUGGGGGCUUAGAAGAAGUUACAUUUCUCUAUCGCUUGACUCCUGGCACAUGCCCCAAAAGUUAUGGAGUGAACGUUGCACGGUUAGCUGGACUCCCGGAUCGCGUAUUGACUGAGGCUGCAUCUAAAUCGAGGGAAUUUGAGGCUACAUAUGGCAUGGCUGGAGAAGAAUCUGAAGAUAACUUGCCCAAUCAUGCUUGGGUGGAGCAUACAGUAACUUUGAUCCAAAAGUUGAUCAGCCUGAUGGGAUGCAAUGAUGAAACUGGGAAGAAUGGUAUCAGUUCCUUGAAACAGCUUCAGCAACAAGCAAGAAUACUUGUGCAGCAAGGUUGAGUCGAUACUCGGGAACAGUCAUUGGAGGCUGACAUUUUGAAGUAUACCUCGGAUCACUGCAGUUCAUUCCAUUUUGCCAUUGCUUUCACCAGAAGCAUCUGUAACUGGGAGCAAGAUUCUAUCAUAACAAACGUGUAACAUACAAGAUCCUGCAUCCCACAACAAGCUCGACAAGAAUUCUAAACGAAUGAACUCAAGCCUGCGACCGACUUUUCUUGACGAGCGAUUUCGGAGGACAGUUACUCAUCGGUCAUCCCAAUUUUUCCGAUUAGUGAAGAAAUCGCUUUUUUGGUGUAAAUAGUUAAUAGCUGACGGUCAUUACAAGUUCUGUAAACUAUUAUUGAAUUAGGCCUGAGGGGUUUGGUUGCCAUAUCAAAGUUGGUAUAGCUUUUUUUCCCCUUAAAAUGAAUGGCAAUCAGUAAUUCUAUGUAGAGAAUUAAUAUUGGUAACUUGGAGGGUUAUUUGUGUCAUUUUAUUUUCAACUCA